ACCAGCAUAGCUUAAAAUUAAAGCUUAAAAAAAACAAGGCUAUGCAACAGAUAGUUGAUAGAGAGAAAUCGUGAAAAGAGCGCAGAAGGGAAGGAAGCAUCUUUGGUUUUCCUCCAAUGGCAGAUGCCUCAAGUCGAUCCAGGGACCUCGACAAGCUCCUUCUCAGACCUGGCAAUCUCGUAGGUCCCAGGUUCGAACCUGGCGCCGAGCUGAGAGAUGAUCUUUCGGCCUUCGCGAAAGUGUUGGUGGUAGGGGCAGGUGGCUUGGGUUGUGAAUUGUUGAAGGAUUUAGCCUUGUCUGGUUUUCGAAACCUUGAGGUCAUUGAUAUGGAUCGCAUCGAGGUUACUAACCUCAACCGCCAAUUCUUGUUCAGGCUUGAAGAUGUUGGCAAGCCGAAAGCUGAGGUAGCUGCCAAGCGUGUCAUGGAAAGAAUUAGUGGCGUGCAUAUUGUGCCGCAUUUUUGCAGGAUUGAGGACAAGGAUAUUGAUUUUUAUAAUGAGUUUAGCAUUAUUGCCCUUGGUCUUGAUUCCAUUGAGGCACGGAGCUAUAUCAAUACGGUCGCUUGUAGUUUUCUAGAGUAUGAUUCUGAUGAUAAUCCACGAGAAGAGACAAUUAAACCUAUGGUUGAUGGUGGGACUGAAGGUUUCAAGGGCCAUGCUAGGGUUAUCUUGCCAGGGAUCACACCGUGCUUUGAGUGUACCAUCUGGCUUUUUCCACCUCAAGUGAAGUUUCCUUUGUGCACCCUGGCAGAAACCCCUAGAACUGCUGCCCACUGUAUUGAAUAUGCUCACUUAAUUAAGUGGAAUGAGGUUCAUGGUGGAGUGGGUUUUGAUCCAGAUAACCCUGAGCAUAUGAAAUGGGUUUAUAACGAGGCUGUCAAGAGGGCCGAGCUUUUUGGUAUUCCUGGAGUCACUUAUUCUCUUACCCAGGGCGUUGUGAAGAACAUCAUACCGGCUAUAGCUUCAACAAAUGCAAUUAUAUCAGCCGCAUGUGCACUUGAAACAUUGAAGAUUGCAACAGAGUGCAGCAAAACAUUGUCAAACUAUUUAACGUAUAAUGGAUCAGAAGGCCUCCAUACUAAAGUAGCAGAGUUUGAAAGGGACAGAGACUGUCUUGUGUGUGGUCCUGGCAUACGUAUUGAACUGGACACUUCAACCACAUUGCAAAAGUUCAUGGAUCUUCUGGAAGAACAUCCUAAGUUGCGAUUAUCAAAAGCUAGUGUUACACAUCGAGGAAAGAAUCUGUACAUGCAAGCCCCCCCUGUUUUGGAAGAAAUGACUAGAUCAAAUUUGAGUCUAACUCUUUUUAAUCUCAUGGGUAAACUGUCCAAGGAUGUUGUGCAUGUGAAUGGUACAACAAACAAGAAUGACCAAAAGUUCUCAUGUUUGAGAAAAUUACGUGUUGUUUUCAAGGGAGUUGAUGGGGUUACAGAUAUGGAUACAGCUGGAGGAGCAUAAUUUAGACACCAAAUAUACUUUGCUGCUUGAACAUAUUUUGGCUUUAUAAGCAUAAUUAAUGGUAGAUAUCACAGCUUGUUUCCAAUAUUGGUCAGGUAAGGUUUUACAGUUUCUACCCUGUCUAAAUUAUUCAUAGUAUAUAACACUCAAUGCUGUGGAUUUGUUGCCCCACAGAGCGAUGAAUUUUGGCUAUUGGAUUUUAUCUUAUGAGCUUAGAUUGAUGGAGCACAGUUAGACAAUGGAUAUUUGAUGCAAUUAUGCUGCUUAGAUGUUUCUAACUGCCCGUAUUUCAUCUCUGAAAUCUGAAGUUCGCUUUAAAAUAUCUUGAUGGGGAUGGAUUGUAAAUUUAUUUUGUGGAAGAGAAAUGUGCACAUGAGAAUCAUUUGGCAAUGAAUGAUUAAGAAUCUUGCAUAUUCUGGUAUAAAUUUAUUAUUAUUUUGUUACUGU